AUGGCGAAGGCCAAAGGGCUCAGGGAGCAGGAUCUGAAAACACUAGACCCGGCCGCGCUCACGCCGCUGUCGCCAGAGGUCAUUUCUCGCCAGGCAACGAUCAACAUCGGCACAAUCGGGCACGUGGCCCACGGGAAGUCAACGGUGGUCAAAGCGAUCACGGGCGUGCAGACGGUCCGCUUCAAAAACGAGCUCGAGCGCAACAUCACAAUCAAGCUCGGGCGCGGGUGCCCGGCGCGGCAGAUUGAGCGGGAGCGCUCAAGCCACCGCAUGCGGGGAGGCAGCGCUGGGGUCGGGGCCAUUCCGAGCCAGGUCGUGGCGCCCAGCUCGAAGAAGGUGUUCUCAGAGCGCUGGAUACGCUGCAAGGCGGCGGCGGACGCGCGCUUAUGA